AUGAGCAUCACGAACCAUUCAUCAAAACGGAUACUUAAAGAGGAAGGAGACAAGGAAGACAUUAUGGACGUGCACACUUUCUGCAACGAAACAACCUUGCACUAUGAGACUCGCAUGGAUACGGUGUUCCUAAUAUUCAACUGCACGGUCUUGACCUUAGCACUGCUCUUGGGUUCACCCGGAAACUUGUGGGUUUGUUGGGUUGUUUUCAGGACCAAGAGCCUGCAGACCUUUAAUAACGCGCUGCUGGUCAGCUUGGCUGCGAGUGACCUCCUGAAGUGCUCCGUGGACACGCCGCUGCUGCUCUUCUCCUUUCUGCGCUACGGGAAGGACAGCCAGGUGUCUGUGUCUGUGUGCACCCUGCAGCAGUUCACCUACGCACUGUGCAGCUGUGUCCAGCUGCUCACGCUGGUCAGCAUCAGUGUGGAGCGCUUCCAAGCCAUCGCGUUUCCGUUCCAGACCGAGAGGAGGAAGGCCAGGGUCCGUGUCUGGAUCCUGUCCAUCUGGGCAGGUGGCCUCAUUUUGGCUGUAAUCUCCCUGACUCUUUCCAAAAAGGCGCUUUUUUACAUGCUCUGCCGUCCACAUGUUGGAGGGCAUGGGGACGAGCGUCUUCAAUAUUUGGAUCCAUUUGGACCCUACGUGCUGGUCCCGGUGUGGGGCUUGUCUCUGACUGUGAUCAUUGUCCACUACGUGCGCAUAUUCAAACUUGUAAGGCAGCACCGAAAGAAAGUGUUCAGCCGGGGGGUCCAGCUGAGGCCCACGGUGUCGGAGCAUGUCUGGGGCUGGCAGAGUGUCCCUGCUUCAGCACCGUGGACAGCUCUAGGCUCCUUCAGCCCGAGGCCUCCCCGCGAGACGGUACUCUUGGUGGCCGAGGCUAGUGCUCCCUGGGCAGGCGCCCGGGGGAGACCUCCGGAGAUUGUGGGGGCAGUGUGUCUGCUGACCCCUGGGGCCAGGGAACGGGGGAAGAAACGGAUGGAGGGCACGCUGGCGCAGCGAUUUGGGUACAUAAUCAUCGCGUUCACGCUUUUCUGGGUGCCCAUGGUGGUCAUUUUGCUAAUGAACGUCAUUUCAUGGCAGGACACAGACACAUUGCUGAAGGAGCUGGAGACAUCAGCGAUAGUGCUGACCUGUGUGCAGGCUGCAGUGGAUCCCCUCAUCUAUACUUUAGUCACUAGACAGUUUCGCUCUGAACUUACCAAGAUCCUCUCCUCUGUCCCAAGGUGUCCCCUGAAACGCAGGGCCUAAAGGCUCAAAACUUGUGUGAAUAUUUGGAUCUAUGGAUCUUUGUACUGAACUUUUGGGAAUUUAAUUUUUUUUUUC